AUGCCCUCAGAUCCAGCAAAUUCUUCCUCAACAAAAGAAAAGAAACUACAAUUACAAUCAAAAAAUGAUGAUAAAGAAAUGCCACCUUCUAUAUUAACAAAAAAUCCUUUACAACCAACUAAUUCAAAUUCUCAAGUUCAUCAAUUAAAACAUCCUGGUAUUUCACAAACUGGAUCAUUACAACUGUUACCAUUAAAUUCAAGAAUAAAUUCUUCAAAUAGUAUAAUACCUAAAACUUCAAAUGAUUCAAUGAUUCAUCAAGAAAAUCACCAUCAACAUCAUCAACAACAACAACAACAACUACCACAACAACAAUCACAAAACAAAAAGGAAAUUGUAAUGGCUGGUGGAGCUUAUCUAAAAGAUCAAAUAAAUUCUGAUUCAAAUUUAAUGACAUUGAAUUCACUAUCUACUCAAUCAUCACCGAAAAUUAAUAUUGAAGAUAAAAAUAAUUCAAAUUUCUCAUUAUCUUCAAAUUCACAACAACAAAAUCAUUUGAUUCUGCCACCAGAAGACCCACAACAUCAUAAAGCACCAUCAGUUCAUGCACAUUUUUAUGUAGAUGAAGCUGUAAAACCAAAUAAAUUAGGUAAUAGAUCAAGAAGUGGAUCAGCAUCAAAUCAUUCAAAUCCAAGUAAUCCAAAUUCUAGUAUAUCAAAUCAACAUCAACAAUUACCAGGUUUCUUGAGGGAAAGUAGUAAAAGUCAAGAAAGUCUUAAAGAUACAUCUGUAACAUCACUGAAAAAUCAAAUACCCACGAUAAAUAAUAUAUCAAGUAAUAGUAUCAGCAACAAUAAUAUUCUCGAAAAACCACCAUUAGGGAAUCAAAGAUCUUCAUACUUAAGUAAAAUGCAACUGUCUGAACAAAAUUCAAAUAUAGAUCCAAGAUUACCUCAAGAUGAUGGUAAAAUUCAUGUAUUAUUAGGAGUUUGUGGUGCCUUAUCAACUGGUAAAAUAAAAUUGAUUAUUAAUAAAUUAUUUGAGAUACAUACUCCAAAUAAAAUUGCAAUACAAUUAAUUUUAACAAAAUCAAGUGAAAAUUUUUUAUUACAAGAAAGUUUAAAUAUUUUAGAAAAUGUUAAAGGUGUUAGAGUAUGGAAAGAUAAUGAUGAAUGGACAACUUGGAAAUCAAGACUGGAUCCUGUAUUACAUAUUGAAUUAAGAAGAUGGGCUGAUAUUUUAGUUGUUUGUCCAUUAACUGCAAAUACUUUAUCAAAAAUAUCUUUAGGUAUAUGUGAUAACUUAUUAACAAAUGUUAUAAGAGCUUGGAAUACUUCAUAUCCAAUAUUAUUAGCUCCAGCAAUGGUAAGUUAUUCAUAUAAUGCUAUAACUACAAAAAGACAAUUAAGAUUAAUUGCAGAAGAAAUGCCAUGGAUUGAAGUUUUAAAACCUUCUGAGAAAGUUUUUGGUAGUUAUGGAGAUAUUGGAUUAGGUGGUAUGAUGGAUUGGAAUGAAAUUGUAAACAAAAUCGUUAUGAAAUUAGGUGGAUUUCCUGAAAUUGAAGAAGAAGAUGAGGAAGAUGAGGAAGAAGAAGAAGAAAAAAAGACAAGUAAAGAAAAUGAUGCCAAAAAUUUGUCGGAUAAAGAAAAAGAUUCAGCUAUUGCAGAUGAUGACGAUGAUGAAGAAGAAGAUCAAGAUGACGACGAUGAUGAUGAUGACGAUGAUGAUGAUGAUGACGAAGAUGACGACGAAGAGGAAUUUGAAGAUGAUGAACUAGAAAAAGAAGAAAUAGAUGAUAAUGAAGAUAGUCAAAUCCAAUUUAAAGUAAAAAGACCAAUCGAAAGUAUUAAUAAUAAUAGUAUCGACAAACCAAUAAAUUCGUCAUCAACGUCUAAUUCAAAACAUGAACAUGAACAACCCCAAUCAGUACAAUUAGAUUUAAGUUCUAAAAAAGUUUAA